AAAGUGGUAUAAAAUAUUAGUUUUUAGGGUUUCGGCUCUAAGGGUAGCGAUAUCUCAUUGCUUGCUUUCUCGAUUUCACAGCACAAGAUCAUCAAAGACUCUCGAUGUCUUAUUUUAAUAGUUUCCAUUAUGGGGAAGAAGUUAGAGUGAUAGGAGGAGAAUAUGAGGGGGCAGAAGGAAUUUUUCUAAAACCUAUGUUUGAAAUUUGGACAGAGGAGAGAAAAAUAAUCAUUGUGGAACCGCACUUUGUGGAUGGUUACGACAACACACCCAUGACACCUCCUAUAAGCGAGACCACCACUCUUACUCGGUCUCCACCUCUUGCGUCUUCCAUGAGCACAACUGGGGAAAAUAUAGUAAAUGUGGAAUCACACUUUUUGGCUGGUAACAACACCACUAUUGAAGCUUCUCCUGCUAUGUCGACACCUCGUGCGAUAUAUAAGUCUAGAAGAAGGCACAAGUAUGGGCGAUGUGGUAAGUACGUUCACCUUGAAAAGACAUUCAAGAAUCUUGCACCUCAAGGUUCAGAUCUAAGUAAAACAUCCACCUCUAAAAGGGGAUGUCGAAAGAAUAGAAAAUCUCGUGGUACCAGGGCAGUAUUAGGCUCUAUGUGAAAGAAGUUUGUGCAAAUAAUUGGUCCCUUUUAUAUGUUUUUUUUGUUCGUUAUGCUAUUUUUCUUUGAAAGACAAUGUCCAUUGAUUGUGUUUUGUGUGGUUUUUCUUUAUCAUUGAAUACGAGAACUUUGGUUUGACUAUUUCUUAAAGAAAGAUUUUGAUUUUUACC